CCCCAAAAAUCCUGAAAUUCUCCAACGUCGUCAAACUGAAACCCAACCCUCAGAGAGGAGAGAGAAAGUUCAACAAUGGCGGAACAUCUAGCUUCGAUAUUCGGGACAGAGAAAGAUAGAGUGAACUGUCCGUUCUACUUCAAGAUCGGAGCUUGCAGACAUGGCGAUCGUUGUUCAAGGCUUCAUACAAAGCCCAGUAUCAGCCCUACUUUGCUGCUUGCUAACAUGUAUCAACGCCCUGAUAUGAUUACUCCUGGUGUUGAUCCUCAAGGCCAGCCCCUUGAUCCCACCAAAAUUCAACAGCACUUUGAGGAUUUUUAUGAGGAUUUAUUUGAGGAACUAAACAAGUAUGGGGAGAUUGAGAGUCUCAACAUAUGUGACAAUUUGGCUGACCAUAUGGUGGGUAAUGUUUAUGUGCAAUUUCGAGAGGAAGAACAUGCUGCUGAAGCUGUUAGAAACUUGAGUGGAAGGUUUUAUGCUGGCCGUCCAAUUAUUGUCGACUUCUCUCCUGUAACGGACUUCAGGGAAGCAACAUGCAGGCAGUAUGAGGAGAAUGUGUGCAACCGUGGAGGUUACUGCAACUUUAUGCAUUUGAAAAAAAUAAGCAGGGAGCUCAGACGUCAGUUGUUUGGAAGGUAUAGAAGGAGGCGUAGCCGUAGUAGAAGUCAUAGUCCUCCACGACAUCGGGGGCAUGGAGAUAGGGGACAUGGAGAUCGUCCCCAUGGUGGCCGUGGUGGAUAUGGUGGUAGAAGAGAGGAUGAUAGAAAUCAGCGAUACCCUGACAAGGGUAGGAGGCCUAGGAGCCGUAGCCCUGGGCAUAGGGGAAGAAGUCCUGUAGGUAGAAGGGAUAGGAGUCCAGUGAGGGAGAAUAGUGAGGAAAGAAGAGCAAAGAUUGAGCAGUGGAACAGGGAAAGAGAUCAGACUGAUAAUGGGAAUAAUGAUGUUAGUCAUGAUGCCAAUGAUAACCAUGCGAAUGGGUCCGUGGAGAAUGGGGAGGAUUACUAUGACCGUCCUCAACAGUAAAUGGAUGAAGUGGUAUAGCAGACAAUAUACACUACUUUUGAACAUGAUAUAUUGGUUCAUAAGCAGUAUGGAGAAUGAAAUGUAUUCCCAUCCGCCUGGAAAUCAGUUGCAAAUAUGUUAUAGGUUUGGUUUCAUGCUUUAGUGGGAACUAUCCCAGUAUGUUUUUUGGUCGUUUAAUCUUACGUAGUUUGUCAAGGUGUGCAGGUCCAGGUUUUCCUGUAAGAUGGCAGAGACCUCGUCUUUUAUAGCAGCUUAUUGUUAUAUUUCUAUACAGGUUGUCUGUUAUCAGAAUCAGCUCGUUUGCAGAAUCUUCUUAAAGUUGAAGUGAUGGAUGGAUUGAAGAUUUUACGCGCCGACGAGAAGCUUCAGUUUAGUUCUUGGUGUGUGAUAUUUUUUUUUCUCAGGGACCAUAUUGCAGUGUCAGAGUUUAUUUGCUAAUGUUUUAGUAGACUGUUGUGCUUUCAUAUGUGAAGACUAUCUAUCUGGAAAUGUAUUAUCCUGUUUUUCGGUUUUACUUC